UGGAUGAGAGCCAGCAUGGCUGGAAAAGGGAGCCGACCCCAUAGGGUGCGGCGUCUGCCCGCAGGACGCCUGUGCACUGGCUGGGUAAAACAGGGCCACCCCGACCACAGCGGCUGGUUCCCACUGGAGUCUGUUUCCGGAGCGCGGCACAAGGCUCCCCGGGGCUGGGCAGAGAGUAAUUUUCCAGCGCGCCGGGGGAGGGAAGCCGCUGCCCGAGGGGUGGGGACGCUGACGGCUGAGAGCCCAGCCCCUGCAAUCCCCCUGCGCUGGCGCGCUGGGGCUGGGCGGAGGGGAGGCGUCAUUGCGGGCAGGCUGCCCCUGCAAACACCUCCCUGCCACGUCAUUGCCGGGAAGUGGAGACCAGCUGCGGCUGCUAGUGCUGCUGUCUGCUCGCCUGCUACUCCACGGGCCCGGGGGCUGGAGCGCGCCGGGGGACCCGAUCCACGCACAGCAGCGCCUGUCUCGCCGCCCCCCACCCCUGGUUCAAUGGAUUUAACAAGUCAACCAUGUUCCUUAAAAGAUGACUCUAUUAAUCUGAAAGUUAUUGACCAUUCUGGUGCACAGAUAGAUGAGAUUGACAAUCUUAAAGAAGAACUAGAAAAAUGGAAGGAAAGAUUGGAAAAAGCUGAAAAACAAAAAGAUGAGCUCCUUCUUUUGAAACUAAGUGCUGAUGGAAAGAGAGACCAGACACAAGAUGAGCUGAGAAAGCUAAUGGAUUUAGAAGAGGAGCAAUGUAAGGAGAGCAUGAUAAAAAAGGAAAACCAGGAGAGAAAUCUUACUGUAGUAAAGCAGCAAAAUAUUGAGCUGCGGAGGGAGAUUCAGAAGCUCAAAGAUGACCUUGCAGCAAAGAGUUCAAAGCUUUCACAGGAUUUUCGGAUUAAAAGAGAGAUACCGAAAAAGAAAAUGAAGUUUACUAGGAUGGAAAAUGCUGAGAGUGACGACACAUUUUUGAAUACUUGCUGCCUUUUUCACAUAGCUGCAAAAAUUCCAUUCAGAUUGCAGCAAAGACAAGCUCUUCUCACUUUUGAAGAGGAGGAUGUUGCCCAGAAACUGAUAAGAAGAGAGAAGCAUACUGUGAGCCUGGAUAAUGAAAAGAUAGAGUUGAAAGCAAUGCCGGUUACACUAGAAACAGGAGUCAAAUUUGAGCUCCAUGUAACAAUUUCUGGAGAGAAGAUCAAUGUUUCUGAAGUACCACAUCUACCAAUACCUGAUGAGUGGAUCAGAGACAAAAUAGAACUGAAUUUCUACAAAUCCAAACAAGGAGGAGGAGAAGUAAAGGAUGUGAGAUAUGACAGAAGGUCUCGCACAGCCAUUAUUACAUUCCUCAAACCUGGAGUUGCUAACAACUGUGUGAAAUGUACAAAGCAUCCUUUCUGCAUAAAUGAAAAGUGCUUUAUGCUUUCUGUUUCCCCAAGCAUAGAAAAGCACUUGGAAAAAUUUCAGAUAUUUUCUGGGAUUUCCAAGAGGACCAUACUGUUGUCAGGAAUCCAAGAGGUUGAGGAGGAUGAGGAGAGCAUGCAGGACAUGAUUGAAAUUCAUUUUCAGAAGCCUAGCAAUGGCGGCGGGGAAAUCGAGAACAUCAGAUAUGUAGCAACAGGAACCAAACUAGCCUAUUUUGAGGAAGACACUGAGAAUGUGGCAUGAAGUGUUACAGCUGGGACUUUCACUUUGCCCAGUGUGACAUAGUAUAAUGGAAAAAUGUUGCAGACUUUGUCUUUUUAAUAUCUGUGCUUUUUAAUCUUCAAAAUUUACACUUGAAAAGAAGAACUGCCUGCCUUUCCUUCCUUUCAUCUGCAUGAUGCCAAGACUCUUAGGGAAUGUCUACACAGCCGUUAAACACCUGCGACUGGCUUGGAUCAACUGACUCAAGCUCAGGGGGCUUGGGCUGCAAGGCUAUAAAAUUGCGAUGUAGAUGUUCAGGCUCAGGCUGGAGUCCAGGCUCUGGGACCCCGCAAGGUGGGAGGGUCCCAGAGCCUGAACAUCUACAUCGCAAUUUUAAAGCCCCACAGCCCUGAGUCAGCUGACCCAGCCUAGCCUCAUGUAUUUAACUGCUGUGUAGAUAUGCCUUUAUGGUCUUGAGAGCACAGCUAUGUGAAACCCACUGGUUCUGGCUUGUAAAGAUUCCUUGUAAAGUUUUACAACAAAUAUUACACAAAGCCAAGAUCUCAGUGCAAAGCUCACCUGAAACCUUAGAGUUUGCUUAAUGUACGCGGGUCCACCAAACCCCUAAAUCCCUCACCAACACCUGAAACUUGAUCAAGGUUGCUUUCUGCAAAUCAGAUCUGAGUUUCGCAUGGAUAACAAAGCCCAAAACUUGAUAGAUUUUUCCUAGUUGAGGCUUUGUUAGGAAAGCUUUACAUAACUGCUCAAAAGUGACUUCAAUGUAUAUGCUUUUUUAAAGUGGCUCUCCUUCAUACAGUGUAUAGCCCAAUAGGACUUCAGUCCUGAUCAGAUCUUUUGGUGCUAUCACAAUACAAGCAACUGAUAAUUAUUCCGUAAUUUUAUAAGAUUCUAUCAUCAAAUUAGCUACAGAAUGUCAAUAAUGAAGGAAGUGAUGUGCAGUUUUUCAAAUGUGCUUAUGAUCAGAAGUGGAAUGUUAAAAAAUGGCACUACUUUACUCAUCAUAUUGACAUCUUAUGGGCUAAAUUGUGCCUUUAAGGAACAACUCAGAGUGGGUAGCCAAUGGCAUGGAGGUAAUCUUACUCCUGGGGCAAUUCUGUGCGACUGUAUGUGCUCAGAAUUCAUGUGUCCUACAGAAUUUUAUUUUCCCCCACAGAAAAUACAUUCUGCCCCUGAAGUGCUACAGUUCUGCUUUUCGCCCACCAGAGGCUACUGUGGCGCCAGAACAGCCAACAGCAUGAAUGCAGCAUUUCUGGGGCAGAAUAUAUUUUCUGUGGGGGGAAAAAAAUUCUGUGCGCAUGCAGUGGCACAGAAUUCCGCCAGGAGUAGAAGUUCAUCACAGCACCUGGCCCAUGGAGCCAGGUUAGGACAGAGUGGUGCACACAGGGCUGCUGGGAGAUCACAGACUGGGGUUCAGAAUGGCUAGUGGGGAGGACAGACUGGGGGGGGAGGUGCGCUAGUGGGCUCCAGAGCUAGGGGCUGACAGCUGUGAAAGUGAAAUGAAUUAUAUUAAAGAAA